AUGAAGACAAGAAGGACAGUCACGAGGAGAGCAGGAGAUAAGAUUGGGAAUGCAGAAGCUACUCCCCAAGGCAAUCGAAAUGCUCCUCCAAUGCAAGCUGCUGCAAAUGAACAAGUUCCUGUCAAUCCUUCGGCAAUGAAGGAUGGUGAAGGUGAUGAAGACUCCCAAGACUUCUUUGAUGAGGUGUACAAGAUUUUGUUUGCUAUGGGGGUGAGUACUACUGAAAAGGAUGAACUUGCUGCUUAUCAACUUAAGGACGUGGCUAAUACAUGGUUGAUAGUUUAUGCUCAACAGGUUGAGUAUAGUCGUCUAAGGAUGAAUAAUAGGGAAUCUAAGAAAGCAAGAGGCUCUAAUCCUAAACCUCAAAAGGGUAGAAACGUUGAUCCAACAAAAAAGAAACUGACUUGUGGUAAGUGUGGUAAGAAACAUGUGGGUGAAUGCCUUAUUGGGACUAAUAUUUGCUAUGGUGUUGGCAAGGGUGUCCAUAUGGUGAAAGAUUGUCCUAAUUUGAGAAGCCAAGGCAAGGGGAAUGGCCAAGCUCAACCAAGCGGUACUAGUUCUGAGGCUCCAAAAAGGAACCGUUUCUAUGCACUCAAGGCUAGGGGUGAACAAGAGAACUCUCCCGACGUUGUGAAGGGUAUGUUACAAGUUUUCUCUGUUGAUAUUUAUGCAUUUCUUGAUCCAGGUGCUACUCUUUCUUUUGUUACACCUUUGGUAGCUAGGAAGUUUGGUGUACUUCCCUAUGUUUUGAUUGAACUCUUUUCGAUUCGUACCCCAAUGGGUGACUCUGUGGUUGCAAAAGAGUCUAUAGGAAAUGUCCUGUAA